UAAGACAGCGCCCCAGUUGGAACACUGAGACAGUCUGUAGCAUGCGCUGCUGUUGAGUCUUUCUGUUUGUAUACAGUGCGCUGUCUAAUAGGGGCUGGCUUGCAUUCUCUUCUUUAUGGCAUAGUUAGUGCACCACUGCAGUGACUGGAAACCUAGUGCAGGGCAGCAGUAACACGGAACUGUAGUGUUGUGCAGGUGCCUUCUCCAACAGGACUUACAGAAAACAAUUGACGGGAUAAUUAUUAAUAUUGUUAUCAUUAUCCAGACAAAAAAGUGUCGACGGGGAGCAGAAGUGCAUUUCUGGUGACUGUGGAAACAAAAUCCACAAAUUUAAAAGGAUGAGACCUUUAUUUGCUAUUCUCAUCCUCUGCAUAAGCGCCCCUGUCCCGCAUCUAGCUAAAGGGGAAGUUUGUGAGCCCAACCUAUGUGAGAACGGGGGCGCCUGCUUGACGGGGUUGGCUGACGAGCCUUUUUCAUGUGAGUGUCCUGCUGGCUUCACAGAUCCCAAGUGUUCUAGUAUUGUGGAGGUUGCGGCAGAUGGGGAGGAACCUACUACAGCAGGACCCUGUCAUCCUAACCCAUGCCACAAUGGAGGGACAUGUGAAAUAAGUGAGACUUACAGGGGGGACACAUUUAUAGGAUACAUCUGCAAGUGCCCACUUGGCUAUAAUGGAAUCCAUUGCCAACACAAUGUCAAUGAAUGUGAAAAGGACCCCUGCAAAAAUGGUGGGAUUUGUACAGAUAUGGUUGCCAACUACUCUUGCGAAUGCCCUGGGGAAUUCAUGGGAAGGAACUGUCAGUACAAAUGCUCUGGUCCGCUUGGAAUGGAGGGUGGCAUCAUAUCCAACCAGCAGAUCACGGCUUCUUCUACACACCGUGCUCUCUUCGGCCUCCAGAAAUGGUACCCCUACUUUGCCAGACUGAAUAAAAAGGGCCUGGUGAACGCCUGGACUGCCGCCGAGAACGACAGAUGGCCGUGGAUUCAGAUAAACUUGCAGAGAAGAAUGAGAGUUACAGGACUGAUAACUCAAGGAGCCAAAAGAAUCGGGAGCCCGGAGUAUAUAAAAUCAUAUAAAGUAGCCUACAGUGACGACGGGAAGACCUGGAGAACGUACAAAGUUAAAGGCACUGAUGAAGACAUGAUCUUCCGAGGAAAUGUUGACAACAACACCCCCUUUGCCAAUUCCUUCACUCCGCCUGUGGAAGCCCAGUAUGUAAGACUGUACCCACAGGUCUGCAGAAGACACUGCACCCUCAGAAUGGAGAUGCUUGGCUGUGAACUGACAGGCUGUUCUGAGCCAUUAGGGAUGAAAACGGGUCAUAUCCAGGACUAUCAGAUAACCGCCUCCAGCAUCUUUCGAACUCUCAACAUGGACAUGUUUACUUGGGAGGCCGGCAAAGCCCGUCUGGAUAAGCAAGGCAAAGUCAAUGCAUGGACCUCAGGGCACAAUGACCAGUCACAGUGGCUACAGGUUGAUUUGCUCAUUCCUACGAAAGUGACUGGCAUCAUCACCCAGGGGGCGAAAGACUUCGGACACGUCCAGUUUGUGGGUUCCUACAAAGUGGCGUACAGCAAUGAUGGGCAAAGAUGGGUAAUAUAUCAGGAUGAAAAGCAGCAUAAGGAUAAGGUUUUCCAAGGAAACUUUGACAACGACACGCACAGAAAGAACGGGAUAGAUCCCCCCAUCUAUGCUCGGUUCAUCCGGAUCCUGCCUUGGUCAUGGUACGGACGCAUCACUUUACGGGCUGAGCUGCUCGGCUGCACAGAAGAGGAGUGAACAGCCCUCGAACUGCUGGGGAAAAAAAACUCAGCUCCCCAGAAUAGCCCUCAAAUAUCUCCAUAUGAACUGUGUGAAACCUGUACAAAUUUCAAAUCGGGUUCUCAUGAACAAGUGUUCGGUUGUGAUAGGCAGGAAUCUCUGAUUUGUACAAUGGCCUAAGCCUGCCCUUGUCAGAUGCUUGUCUUUUUUAUUUACUCAGAAUGGCUGGGUUGUCAGUUUUCUAUACAGCAUGUAUUUGUUUGGUAGGAGGUGGGGGCAGAGAGUUCACACUGUGGUUAAAAGAUCCAGGAAAGCUGCAGGUUUUUAUUUUAAUUGUAUUUAUUUUUUAUGAAGAAAAUGGUAAAGUGAUCCAUACCAGUAGAUUGUUUGUAUAAAUUCAAUCACAUUCUUGAAGAUGUGUUUAUGAGCACUGCAAUUGCAUCAAAAAUACACAAAACAUAUUUGCUAAUAUUUCCCUGAAACACAGUGUUUUUAAUAUCCUUCUGACCUUAGCCUUUAAAAACCUAGUUUAUGAAAGUUUAAUUAUUUAAUUAAAGAGUAGAAAAUAUAUAUUGAUUUCCAACUUAGAACCUAGGUUAGGCUAAACCAUAUUGUCCACUGUGGAUUAAAAAACAAACAUAUAUAAUGAACAUUGGAGCAGCAAACUUGCCUGAAGCCUAUUACUGGGAAACAAGUUGGUGUUUAUUAUUUUGCUACUGUUUCCCAUUUUGUAUUUAAUAGAAUACAUUCCCAGUUGUAGAAAAGGUUAAUAUAAGACACUGCAGCUUUAUCACUACUUUGAGUCUGGGAUGACUAGAUUUAAGGAGUCCUGUCAAACGUGUCAUUGUAUGCUGCAUUUUAUUUAUUCAAGCACUUCGAUUGAGUUUGUGGUUGGCUUCAUGGUCUCUUAAAACAUUUUUAAAAAUCUCAUUUUGAGCUACGAUGCAAGUCCAGCUUUUAGAAAUCUCUCUAUAAAUUGGUUUUAAACAGCUCAGGAUAGACGUCACUUAUUUUGUAUGGUUUUAUUUUGUACCCACAGUUCUGAAGAUAUGCUUAAGAGUACAAUACUUGUUAAAUAUAUUUAAAAUGAUACAUUUUAUGUCUGCUGGCAACAGUGUGAGGUUGAAAUGGAAAUGUACAGGAACAUCACUCCAUUUGAAACUGAGUUGAGGGGUGUUUUGUAUUAACACGUUAAUAUUGAUUGGCAACAUUUUUUCAACUAAUCCUAAAAUGUUAAUCACAUGAGAUAUAACAGUAUUAGAAAUAAUGUCACUUUUUUAAAAAUAGUUUCUCCAAGGAAUGUUCUUUUGUGAUUGUAAUCUUAAAGCCACUAUAAAUUCUGAAGCCACCUUAAAAUCUACUAAACAAGAAGGAAUUUUAAACAAACAAAAGCCAUGACAACCGUAGGGCAACUUCAUGGAAGUAAUUGAGGGCAGGCGAGAGUGUAUAUAAACUUGAGUAUAGGUUUACAAAGGUUCCACAAUACAGUGCACACAUCAUAUUAUCUGCUAUUGUUUUGAUGCAUAAUAAAAAGCCACUAGACUGUUACUGUGUCUGUAACCAUACUAACAAAACAGAUUCAUUUAGAUGUGAAAUGCAUUAUAAGAUUUUUGUUCUGAAAGGAAUGAUCAACCUUAAUUUUAUUUGUCAUAUCUCAGAGGUAUGGCUUGCAGGGGUGGAAAUGAUGGCAAAGCAUAUAUAUAUAUAUAUAUAUAUAUAUAUAUAUAUAUAUAUAUAUAUAUAUAUAUAUAUAUAUAUAUAUAUAUAUAUAGCAUGAUUAGGGAGGUUGAGGGUCACUGGAGUAAAUGGUAAAUACGAUCUGUAAUUAAAUUGACUUGUUCAAAAUACAGGAAAGAAGCACUCUAUGACAGUCCUGAUCACUAAUGUAGUAAAUGAUUUGACCUCCAGGUAUCUACUCAAGGGUUCAUGCUGUGCAGGUUUAUCAAUAUGCUGGAGUGGACAUAUUAUAACAGCCUGCUUUUUCUUCCCCCAAAGUCUGUUUUUAUCAUUAUUUGGUUCUUUUCAAAUGGAUGUUUUCCCACUUUCUGUGGUCAGUGGAAUCUGAAUGUUUUUGGCAGUGUUUAUAUAUGGGCAGGGCUCCAUACAGAAUUAUCCAAGUACCUGUCAUUCCUACUAGAACUGGAACAAUGCAAAGCAGUCUCAUAACAAGAAUUGUGAACAAAAUAAGGAAACACAAUUAGUGCUAAAUGGGAUUUUGUUUAAAACAUGCACCACAUCCAGAAAGAUGUGACAAUAUAACACUGAAAUACUACUCGUAGUACAUCUUAUUCUACUGUAUAAUACAACUAUAGUACAAUCAUCUAGUAGACAAGAGUGAUGUUCUAAUCCAUAAGUCAUCAAGAGCAUCAUUAUUGGCACAGUUUGCAAUACUGUAAAUUGUACACAGAAGUGGAUUGGAACCAACCAUAAGACAAAAUGCAAAGAGGCCACUGAUUAUUAAUGUAUACUGUGUAACCAAUAUCUGAUUGUUUAAAGUGGAUUAGAAUAUAAUAUGGUUCUGGGACAGAAGGACAAAGUCAUCAGUUAUGACUUUCCUCACAAUGUAUGUUAUAAGGUGUAAUAUGCAUGCAAACAUAGCAGAGUUAUAAACACCUCUGUGCCCACCAGGCAUUACUGGUUAAGUCGCCAACAGAGAAGGCAGGAAAUGGGAAGGCAGUCAGAAUAAAGUAGAUGGAGUUUUGACAACCAUCAGCCCAAAACUGGAGCUGUGAAAUGUAUGUGGAUGUUCACCCGCCAGCUUUAUCCUGAAUUAAACAGUAACACUGACUAUCCUGAAUUAAACAGUAACACUGACUAUCCUGAAUUAAACAGUAACGCUGACUAUCCUGAAUUAAACAGUAACGCUGACUAUCCUGAAUUAAACAGUAACACUGACUAUCCUGAAUUAAACAGUAACACUGACUAUCCUGAAUUAAACAGUAACACUGACUAUCCUGAAUUAAACAGUAAUGCUGACUAUCCUGAAUUAAACAGUAACACUGACUAUCCUGAAUUAAACAGUAACACUGACUAUCCUGAAUUAAACAGUAACACUGACUAUCCUGAAUUAAACAGUAACACUGACUAUCCUGAAUUAAACAGUAACACUGACUAUCCUGAAUUAAACAGUAACACUGACUAUCCUGAAUUAAACAGUAACGGAUGUAUUUUUCAAGAUUUUUUUCAGUAUAAUAGAUUGUAAGCAAAUGAACUCAUAUUGACUGAAAUUAAAAAUAAAUAUGUAUUUCAGCUAAAGAAAUGUUCUGUGGUAUUAUGGUCUACAACAGGAAACAGAUUUUAAAAACUAAAAUGUGAGAUCUGUAUAGAAAUGUUUUUUUAAAAAUUAUUUUAAUUGUGGAAUAACAGUGGCCUUCUGAAUUCAGAUAACUGAGUAGUCAACCUUGUUUAAUGUCUAAUGCAAUCUCUCAAAUAUCAAAAAGUCAUACAAAAUAUAAUGGCAUAGUAAUAACCUACAUUAUACAGCAUCUGAGUGCAAGGUAGUACAUAAAACAAAGUCAUAAAAUGAGUUUGUUAAUUUCCCCUUGAAAAUAAGGAUACAUUAAAACUGACACAUACAUUUAGAAACAAUUAGAGUUCUGAUAUUAAUAGCUUUUUGUACAGUGCAAAAGGAAGAAAAGAAACCUGGAAAAAACUCUGAUACACAUUAGGAUGUUGUUUUCUGUCUUCUCCAUUAAGCAGUUCAACAAAAUUCUUGAUACAGUGGUACGGUGGGGGAUCACUUUUAAUGAUUUCCCAACAGAUCACUGCUAGCAUUGAAAUAAUACCAAGUGCUUUCGAUGGAACUUCUUCUGAUGAAAAUUGUAUUGUAAUUGGAAAUGACAGCAUGUGGUUAGAUUUGAACUUUGAUUCAUUUAUUAUAGCAUGAAAAAACAUAUUCAGUGAGUAGGUCAAUAAAUGGUGCAACCACAGUAGAAGGCACAAGCUUGUUUGCUGAAAGAUUGCCCCUGUUAUUUUGUAAUCUGAUUUACACAUCAGGGGUGCGGAAUUGGUGAAGGGACCUUCCAUAGAAAAGUAAAGUAGAUGUACUAUUUACCAUUUACCAUCAACAUGAUCUAAGCACGAAGUAACCAAAUUGCUGAACAUAGAUCUGUAAAAUAGCAGGGGAGCACUGUAUGCUGUGAUACAUGCAGUGCAGCAGAUAACCAGUUUGGGUAUGUGAAAAUGAGGGGGGGGGGGGGGGGGCGGUAUCAGGCAGUUAUAUUUCCAUCAGUUUUCUAUAUUUGCCAUUAUUUCCACCCUGAAGUUUCUAAGACGUAGAGAGCAUGUCACAGUGUUGUCCAGUUGCACACCAACUAAGUUCUCUCUGUAGUGUUUCCCUUGAUAGAUUUUGGAUACUUACUAGGUUAUAUAUGUUUCUUGAAAGGGCUUACAAUGUAAAUUACAUUAACUGGACAUAUGGUUGACUUUCUCCUUUGAGAACCAUUGCAUAAUUGUCAUUGUAAUGUAGAACAAAUUGUGGAUUCAAUCUUGUAAUAUUGAACUGUUGUUACUAUAAUGUGGUACUGGCUUAUGAAUUGUAAGAGAUUGCAAAAAAAUAUAUAAAAAAUACUAACAAGUACAUUUUAAAAAGCAUAAUUAUUUAUUAAAGGCAGAGUGACCACUGCAGCCUUUGCAACUAUGUGAUUUUUUUUUAUUAUUAUUAUUUUGUAUAUAUCUAGCCCUGCAGGUUAAUGCAAAAAUUAGUAUGAGCUUGUCUGGUCUUCAAACUUAAAAUAAAAACAAAAAUGGAAAUUA